UAUCAGAAGCCGUUAAAACAGAAUCAGGCAAUGUCUCCACGAUUACUUACGAUGGUGGACGUCCCCGCUAUGGAGGCAUUAGCCAUUACCUAUCAGAGAGCCUUGAGACGAUGACUGGUGCUGAAAGUCGAUUCAUUGUUCUUGGCCAUGUGCAAAGAGGAGGACAACCUAUCGCCAGUGAUCGCGUGAUGGCUUCUGUUUUUGGUGUCCAUGCUGUGGACCUCAUUGAUAAGGGGCAGUAUGACCGUAUGGUCACAUGGCAAAGUCGCCAAGUUUCGGAUGUUCCUAUCGAAAAUGCGAUCAACGAAUAUAAAGCUGUUGAGUUAGAUAGCCCCCUCGUUAAAACAGCACGUAGCUUAGGAAUAUGCUUGGGUGACAAGUAA